AUGCAAUUUUUAUUAUGUCUUUUCAUAUUCGUUAUUACUUUUCCUUAUGCAACAACCUCUGAUCUAUCAACGAAAUUUAAUGUUACUAUAAAAAUCCCAGGAAAUACGACAUCUCUUAGACAACUACCAUAUAAAACAGUACAUGUAAAAUAUACGUUGCCUAACAGCAAUGAUCAAUGGUCUAUAGUCAGAAUAGAACCAUUUAUUCAAUCAUUAAAUGGAGAGAUUCAACAAAUAACUGUUCAUCUUUGCCAUGUAGCAUCCUAUACGUAUCAAUACGAUACUAUUUGGUAUAAUGAUGAAACAAUUUGUAAAAAUGGUCAUUUAAUGUUAAUUUAUCAAUGGGCAUCAUAUUCAUCGUUAACUCCAUAUGAACUAGCUGAUGGUCAUGGUUUUCAAUUCGAUAAAUCAAAAUUAAUUAUAUUUACGGUUACUUAUUUUAAAGAACAACAAUUGAAUAAUGAUCAAUCAGGAGUUAUUCUUACUAUUUCAACUGUAAUACCACGAUUCUAUAUGGGUACAAUAGUUGUUGGAAAUAAACAACAACGCAAACGUUUUUCAUGUCGUAUAUCAAAUUAUCCUCGUUUAUUAUAUGGUAUACAACCAUUAUUUUCAAAAACUGAUAAUGCACGGUGGAGUAUUUAUAUUAUACGUUAUCGUAUGUUUGGUCGAAAAAUAGUUCAAUCUAUUGUUGAUUCAUCUAUAUUAUCAAAUCAUAGUGAAACUAAUAUGAAAAUUUUAUCAGCAGAUAUAUUUUUAAAACCAGGAGAUUAUUUAAUUAUUGAAUGUGAAUCAAUUUUAGAGGCGCUUUGUAAAUUUUUAAUUUUUUAUAAAUAUAAAAAUAUUCAAUUACAUUAUUUUAUUGAAACUGAUCAUACAUGUCAAAAUAAUGAUUAUCCAAAUUUAUUUGAAUCAAUACCAUCAAAAAGAAUAGUUGGAACAGAUCAAAAUCAAUUAUCGAAAUCGAGUGCAAAUGCACCAAGAAUAUUUUUAUUCAUUAUCGUUUUAUUAAUUGUUAUUUGGAUAUCAAUCAUUUUAGGUUGUGUAAUUAUGCGUCAUGUUUGUGGAUUAGUUAAUUUUCGUCAAGAUUCAUCAACUCAGAUUUUAAAUCGAACUGCAAAAACACCUUUUGUUCGAGAAUUUGCUGCUAAUGAUCAAAGUCAACGACAAAGAGCGAUUACUACUACAGGUGAUCGUAUAGCUCAAAUGGAUGUUGACCAUACUACGGGUUUAAUGAAUGGAUAG